AUGGACUAUCUCCUUGAUGCCUACGUGUAUCCGUAUGUUCCGUUUGAGAUAUCGCCUGAUUCCAAGAAGUACAUCACCGAGAAGGCUGUGAAUAUCGUCAGGGUAGGUUAUAGAGAAGGUUCUUUUGUUGUCCGCCAGGUUUUGUGUCUUAUCCAUGAGUCAGAGGGCAAAGCAAGGUCUUAACGUGUGAUGCAAACUUAUAAACGAAUGUAUUUUAUUAUCCAAUAUUUUUUUUUAAUUUUAUUUUACAGACAGCCGACUGGAUUCUGAAAUAUCAAGAUCCGCGCAAGAUCUACGACAAUCACACGAGUUUCUUGGCCUGCGAGUUAGUCUUCUUUGUGACAUGUUUGUUGACCUUUGUUCACGGUAUGUCUAAUUUACAUAUAAUUUCUCACAGUAUUAUGUUCUCCGUAAUGGUGUAGUUGUAAAUAACGUUUAUUUUAGCCUGGCGUCAUGGUGGUCGCUACCUUUUCGUUUGGUUCGGUAUCUUGAUUCAUGCUUUGAACGUGGAGAACUUGUGCUACUGGAUUCCAGAUUUAGACAACUUCUGGCAGGCUCAAGGUAUCUUCACUUUCUUUGGCAUGAGGGCACCCUUGUACAUAUUGCUUGGUAUCUACCACACAUUCGAUUACAUCUCUUAUAUCUUUGUCAAACGGUAUGUAUUUUUGUUUGCACUAACUACAUGUACGUAGGUUGUAAUUUGACUAUAUAUCUAAAAUUUUUAUAAUGUUUUUGAUUACUGGCUAUACAUACCUAAAUGUGGUAUUUAUUUAGAUUGCAUUUACCGUGGUGGGCUGAAGGACCAGCUGUUGGUCUAGGAGCAGUAAUGUUGGACAUGCCAUAUGACAUCAUGGGGAUCAAGCUGGUUUGGUGGACAUGGCACGACACCGACCCUAACAUAUACGAUCGCAUGUACUGGGUACCAUGGAACUCGUACUACUUCCAUGCUUCCUUCGCUUGUUCAUUUGUGUGGAUUCUGAAUCUGUCGCGGAAGUAUUUUGUAGACACCGUGUACGACUGGAAGAAGUUUGGUCGUGAGUUCUUGUGCGUCUUCUUGGCUGGUACUCUUGCCUUUUGGGGUGGUACUAUUCAGUUCUCGUUGUUGUACCAUCCAAUGCACGACUUCUUUGGUGUUCAUUCCGAGCUGACCUCCACCAUCUUUCUGAGCUUCUAUAUGUUGAUCGUGUGGAUUGGAGAUCGUCACAAUCGUCGUCAAGAGUCUCGAGAAGGGAAUCCGUUAUGGUACGACGAACUGGCACUGGCUGUAUCUCUACACUACCUCUUUUACAUGGUACUGGUUUGUAUCGCAGACCCAGCCAACAUUGUAGCUGAGGGACUACAUCAGCCAAUUGGAGAUUGUAAGGUCAGACAGAAGGUACAGACUCCAACUGGAUUGGUACUGUACAAGAACAAGUACUUAUGUGCUGAGAAUUACGACGAAGGUUACUUUGACUUCCAUUGUCUGCCAGGGAAGGAUAAGAUUCCACAACAAAUCGACGGACAGCCUUUGGAGUGGUACGCUAUUUGUGGUACUCCUUUCGAGAAUAGGGCCGAGUACAUCUUUAUUAUAUGGUAAGGGAUACUACACACUUCUGUUUGUAAUAAUGAUUUCAUAGUUUAUAUGAGUCUAAGGAUUAGUUUAUAUUAUUUUAGGUCGAUUUGCAUCUUAUUUGGUUCCAUUUUCUACCAAGCAGCACGAUACUCUGGUCGAACUCCGAAGAUUCCUAGUAUUCUGUACAGACGACUAACAAGGCCGUCUGGUACAGAAGGUACAUUCAAGAGCGCUCUCAAGAACUUCUCUCCGAUUAAAUCAAAGAAAAACGAUUGA